ACAUAUGUUCAAGUGUGUUUUUAAUGAUUAUCUCUGUCUAUCGUUAUCUGACUUCAAAAGGGCUUCGAGAAAAAAUAAAAUGAAAAAAAUCCCACAUGUCGUACACCAAACCCUAGUCCCUCUCGGCCCCUCACCCACUUCCUCCCCAUCUGAAGGUAAAAAAAUGUCUGAUCCUUCAAAGGUCAUUCAUGUUCGCAAUGUGGGGCAUGAGAUCUCAGAGGUAGAGUGGUAGGAUCUUUUAUAAUGAUUACUUGUGUCCCUUAUUUUUGUUUGAUAGUGUGGUAUUCGGGCCAGCUUGCGCGCACCUCGACUAAUUCCACGGGAUACCUGUCACCUCCCACAAGCAAUAGGUACCAGAAUGACUUGCUUCAACUAUUCCAACCAUUUGGCGUCAUUACUAAACUUGUAAUGCUUAGGGCAAAAAAUCAGGCCCUCUUGCAAAUGCAAGAUGUCCCUUCAGCUGUAAAGGCAAUGCAAUUCUACUCAAAUGUUCAACCCAGCAUAAGGGGGAGGAAUGUUUACGUUCAGUUUUCAUCUCACCAAGAACUGACAACUAUGGAUCAAAAUACACAAGGCCGUGGAGAUGAGCCUAAUCGAAUUCUCUUAGUCACAAUACAUCACAUGCUAUACCCUAUGACUGUGGAUGUGCUGCAUCAAGUGUUUUCUCCACAUGGAUUUGUAGAGAAGAUCGUCACAUUUCAGAAGUCGGCUGGUUUUCAAGCUUUAAUCCAGUAUCAAGUACAACAAAGUGCUGUUUCUGCAAGGAACUCACUUCAGGGGCGUAAUAUAUAUGAUGGCUGCUGUCAGCUUGACAUACAGUUCUCUAACCUAGAUGAAUUGCAAGUGAACUACAAUAAUGAACGUUCAAGGGACUUCACUAACCCAAAUCUACCAUCAGAACAGAAGGGCAAAUCUUCUCAACAAGGAUAUGGAGACAUGUACUCCUUCCAAGGUUCUGGAGCUCAUGCAGGUGGAUUUUCUCAGAUGGGAAAUGCUGAAGCAAUUGCAGCUGCUUUUGCUGGUGGUUUGCCACCUGGAAUUAGCGGGACAAAUGACAGAUGUACUAUUCUUGUCUCUAAUUUAGAUGCAGAUAGAAUAAAUGAGGACAAGCUUUUUAAUCUGUGCUCCCUUUAUGGAAAUAUUGUCAGAAUUAAGAUUCUGCGCAAUAAACCAGAUCAUGCUCUGGUUCAGAUGGGUGAUGGAUUCCAGGCGGAGUUGGCUGUUCACUUUUUGAAGGGUGCCACGUUAUUUGAAAAGCGCCUGGAAGUCAACUUCUCAAAGCACGCCAAUAUUACUACAGGACCGGACACACAUGACUACUCAAAUUCAAAUCUCAACCGAUUUAACCGUAAUGCUGCUAAAAACUACAGGUACUGUUGCUCCCCUACCAAGAUGAUCCACCUAUCCUCCCUGCCUCAGGAUGUAACGGAGGCAGAGAUUGUGGAACAUUUGGAGGAGCAUGGUCCCAUCAUCAAUAGUAAGCUUUUUGAGAUGAAUGGCAAACAGCAGGCUCUUGUUCUUUUUGAAAAGGAGGAGCAGGCAACCGAGGCACUCGUAUGCAAAAAUGCUACAUCUCUUGGUGGCUCAACCAUCCGGAUUUCAUUUUCUCAGUUACAGAGCAUCUGAGAAUCCUUUGUGAUAGGAUGCAAUAAUGAGAACGAUGUAAUGUGCUUUCACUGAUUUGUGUUUUUAGUUUCUGCUGCCUUAUGGUGUACCCUUUCUGCCUCUACCAGCUAUUGUACUUAUUUUUAUUGAGCUUAUUGGUAUU